AGUUGAUUUUUUGUUCGUUUGGCCGUUUUCAUAUAGUUUGAAAUGUGGCUCCAGAAAGUGCAAAAAAAUACGUAAUGAUCUAUUUGUGUGAUAAAAUUUUGAAAUGUGUAUUGUUACAUAUGGAAUUCCAAUAAUAUUUAUAAUUCAUUUUGCUUUUUCAUUAUUUCACAAUAAAAUUAAUUGAGAGAAUGAGAAAGAAAAUAAUGCGACGCUUUACCUGGUGAACUUGAGAUUGAAUCAACCGCAAAUUUUAACAAUAUUUGCCUUGCAGCUCUUUAUAUUUUCUAUAAAUAUCUUGAAAUUUGUGACAUUUAAAUUUGGAAGCUCAUUUGAACGUAUUUGAUACUGAGGUGAAAAAAUUAAAUAAUUAGAGACGUCUAAAUUCUAAUUUAGGGACAAGAAGUGCGUUAUUUUGUGCUUGUAAACAAUAUGUUUCUAUGAAAACUAACGAAAAUAUUCUCUGCGAAAAGAAAUCUUUAUUGAGACUAUUAAAAUGGGUAAUAUCGUAUCCAGAUUUCGUAAAAAGAAAACAACCAUAGAGAUUCUUGAAAAUCUUGACAAGAAUAUCAAAGAAAUUGAAAAGUAUGGACUUUUUACUGAACAAAGACACAAGAAAAUAGUUGGAACUUUGGUUGCUUAUAGUGUCAUUUUGUACAUAAUAGCAGCAUUAACAUGUUACUUUUACUUUUUUCCUACAUCGCCAUACGACCAAUUAAUUUAUGUUACGCCAUUGCUCAUCUUUCCAAUAUUGAUAAUAUUCGUUAAAAAAUUAGUAUCUUGGUAUUAUAAGCGGAAACUUCGACGAAAUGAGGAAAAAUUAUCAUCUAUGCAGCAAGAUAAAAAAAAGAUUUUAGAUGAAGUAACAGAAACUGAAACUUAUAGAAAAGCCAAAGAAAUUUUAUUAAAGUUUGCUCCUGAUCAAUUGCGAAUGUCACCUCUGUCACCUCAGUCGAACUAUUCCAUAACAUCGUCAAGUGCAGAAACACCUCGUCGUACUAAUACUCCCAUAACGUCCGGAUUAGUUCCAUCGGGUGCUUCAGAAUUGAGACGUAGGGCACUUACAUCAAACGCUGCUCAAGCCGGUAGAUUGUCAAAUGUUGGACCAUUUAAUGCGACUCUAAAUUCUCCUCUUUUAUCUCCACUUGCUUCUUCGAGCUAUCAGCCUGUCAGGACAAAUAAUGCACCAACGACCGGUCCCACUGGAACUCCUCUUCCACGGCCGAUACUUCCACAACAGAGAAGUUAUUUAGAUAAACUUGUGGAAUAUUUAGUCGGAGAUGGUCCAUCAAAUCGAUAUGCCUUAAUUUGUCGUCAAUGCGAAUCGCACAAUGGAAUGGCAUUAAAGGAAGAAUUUGAAUAUUUCGGAUUCAAAUGCUGUUAUUGUAAUUUUUGGAAUCCAGCACGCAAACAAAAACCAUCGGCUCCUAAAUUGGAUUGGGACCCUAAUCCUUUGAAUUCAUCUUCAAUGGCAUCGCUUACAUUGUCAAAUCUUGGUACCAAUUUACAAGGUGCCAAACGCUCAGAUACUGAGGGUUCAAGUAGUCCUUCGGAAACUGAUUCGGAUAUUGAGGUAGUUGAAAAACCUGUCGAAACGCCAGAAAGUGAAAUUCUCGAAGAAGAGGAGGAAGAGGAAAAUAUUAAUAUUGGCUUAAAUCCAUCUAUGGAUGAAGAAGAAAGAAUUGAGCAAGUCAGAGAGGAAGAAUCGCAAAGUGAAAUAAUGGAGGUCGAUCAAUCUCCAAUAAAGUAAUUUCACUAUACAAUAAAAUUGAUUGUCUAGAUUUUUUUUUAGAAAAUCCACAAAAUGUACCAUUUUCAUUCUAUGGUCAAUUCUUAAAUGUGAUGAAUAUUGAUCUUAUAUUUUAUAGGCACACUUGAAUGUGUUUUUUUUGUAAACAAGAAAAUUCAUGCAUAUUUCUCGAAAAUUCUCUCAUAAGGAAUUUCCUUGAGAAAAAAGUUAUUCGAUGACGAAAUAUUAUAGGCCAAGGCACUAUUAAUAGGAUGUAAAAAAAAAAAACAUUUCUCUUGUUUACUCUGCUCAAAGAAAUUUAUCGCAUAAUAGAAGUUUAUAGAAAAGAAAAAAAAUUGAAUAAUUGUAGAUCAUAUUUACAAAGAAAGAAAAUUCUUUCACACAUGAAUUAUUCGAAUUAAAAAUUAUCGCAUAUAAAAAAUGUUUUACAUGAAAAAUAUUUUACACAUAAAAUUGUUUGUACACAAAAAAAAAAAUAAUCUACACAUAAAAAUGUUGUACGCAUAAAAAAUGAUUUAUGCAUAAAAAAAAUAUAUACUGAAAAAAUUGUUUUACAGAAAAACAAAAAAAAAGGAAAAAAAAUUGUUGAGCAAAAUCAAAAUUGUAUUUUUAGAAAGUAAAAUGAAGCAUUUUUCAAAUGUAUUCAAAAUGAUUUUUGUAUUGUACACUUUUUGGAAAUUUUAGAAAAAAAAAACUUGUUCAACACUAAUUUUGUAUAUAUUUGUAAGAAUUAAGAAAUUAAGAUUGAAAAUAAUAAAAGUCAUAUUUACGUGAAUAAGGACAAUAGACAAUUAAAUAUAAUUUAUAAGUUAGUCAAAUUUAGGUGUUUUGUGUGUGCAUUAAUGUUUAGUUUAUUUUUAAUAAUGAAAUACUGUAUGUUUCCAAAAAAAGAAAAAAAAAAAAAAAUAGAAAAAAAUCUACUUUGGGUUUCGAUAAAAAUAUAUUUUGUCAUAUUUUGGGAUAUUCAACUAUACUAUAUUUAUAUACAUAUAGAUUCAAGAUUGUGAUAUAAUUUUUCUUACGUUAUAAAAUAGGAUUACAAAACAAAAUCGUCGAGUUCAUAUAUUAUAUGUUUCACGAAUAAAUAAUAGGUUCAAUAUUUUAUUUAUUUUUUGACAUAUUCUCAUUUAUUUUUAAGAUUGUGUUAAACAAACGUUUAAUAUUGCGAUUUAAAUGUAAAAAUUGUAUCACAAUUUCAUACAAUUUAGUAGCACAAAUUGAUUGAAUAAAAUAUAAUUCUUUUUUGCUGCGCUAUGUUAAAUGUUUAAAAACUGAUUUUGUAAAAUAUUUAAAAUUUUGCGGCAGUAUAUUGUUUGCCAUAAAAUAUCAUUAAAAAAUUAUUAAAUUAAUUUAUAUCUUAAUAAAAAAAAUAUAGACUGAAAAAUUGAUCCUUGGAUUAAUUUGUCAUAAAAUCGACGAAUCUCCAAUAUCGCUGUAGUUUUUCUGUAUAAUCUUAUUUUAUUUAUAACACAAUGCUUUGUAUUUUUUUUCCUUAACGUUGGAAAUAUUUUUAAGAAGCAAUAAUAAAUGGUCUAUUACUCAAAAAA